GCCAGAGUAUAUAAACCUAUUCAAAGUCAGUAAGAGGACACUCGUAGAGUAGCAGAGGAAAGGAGAAAUUCUGGGAUUGAGACAGUUGUCAGGAAUUGAAAGAGAGAAAACACAAAAGAUCCAUAACCUGAAAUGGAUUUCAACAAACUAAUUAAAACAAGUGACGAGGAUCGUGAGAGCAAGUAUGGGUACGUCUUUGGAGUUUCUGGGCCAGUGGUGAUUGCAGCAGAAAUGGCUGGAGCAGCUAUGUAUGAAUUGGUACGUGUCGGACAUUCUGAACUGGUUGGGGAGAUUAUUCGGCUGGAGAAUGACCUGGCAACCAUUCAAGUCUAUGAAGAGACCUCGGGUGUAUCAGUUGGUGAUCCAGUGCUACGGACUGGAAAGCCUCUCUCCGUUGAGCUGGGCCCUGGCAUCAUGGGUGCCAUCUUUGAUGGAAUUCAGCGUCCACUGAAGGAUAUCACAGAGAUGACAAACAGCAUCUACAUUCCCCGUGGAGUGAAUAUUUCUGCCCUUAGCACCAACAUCUUAUGGGAUUUUACCCCCAACAAGAAUAUCAGGGUUGGAAGUCACUUAGCUGGAGGCGACAUAUUUGGAACUGUUCCUGAAAAUACCCUUAUCAAUCACAAAAUAAUGGUACCUCCACGGACCUGUGGAACAGUAACAUAUAUUGCCCCACCUGGAAACUACAACGUGUCGGAUACUAUCCUUGAGCUGGACUUUGAAGGAGUUAAAGAGAAGAUUGGCAUGAUGCAAGUUUGGCCUGUGCGACAAAUCCGUCCUGUUGCAGAGAAGCUACGAGCCAAUCAUCCACUUCUCACAGGACAAAGAGUUCUCGAUGCACUGUUCCCAUGUGUCCAAGGAGGAACAACAGCAAUCCCAGGAGCUUUUGGCUGUGGUAAAACUGUGAUUUCACAAUCACUGUCGAAGUACUCCAAUAGUGAUGUCAUCAUCUAUGUUGGUUGUGGAGAACGAGGGAAUGAGAUGUCAGAAGUGCUUCGAGAUUUCCCUGAGCUAACUAUGGAAGUUAACGGGAAGACAGAGACCAUCAUGAAACGAACAUCACUAGUGGCAAAUACCUCCAACAUGCCAGUCGCAGCCAGGGAGGCAUCCAUUUAUACAGGUAUCACGCUAUCAGAGUACUUUCGUGACAUGGGUUACAAUGUCAGUAUGAUGGCUGACUCAACUUCCCGCUGGGCUGAAGCACUAAGAGAAAUUUCUGGUCGUCUGGCAGAAAUGCCAGCUGACAGUGGGUAUCCUGCUUAUCUGGGGGCACGUUUAGCCUCAUUUUAUGAACGUGCUGGAAGAGUAAAGUGCCUUGGGAGUCCCGAGCGAGAAGGAAGCGUCAGCAUUGUUGGAGCGGUCUCACCACCUGGUGGUGAUUUUUCAGAUCCUGUGACAUCAGCCACUCUGGGUAUUGUACAGGUUUUCUGGGGUUUGGACAAGAAACUGGCUCAGAGGAAGCAUUUCCCCUCUGUGAACUGGCUUAUUAGCUACAGCAAGUAUCUUCGACCCCUGGAAGAAUACUAUGACAAGAGCUUCCCAGAAUUUAUACCACUGAGGACCAAAGCCAAGGAAAUACUACAGGAAGAAGAGGAUCUGGCUGAAAUCGUGCAACUGGUUGGCAAGGCUUCCUUAGCUGAAGUGGAUAAGAUCACAUUAGAAGUUGCUAAACUCCUGAAGGAUGACUUCCUGCAACAAAAUGGAUACUCUCCGUAUGACAGGUACUGCCCUUUUUUCAAAACAGUGGGGAUGCUGCAGAAUAUGAUCGCAUUUUAUGACAUGGCACGACAUGCUGUGGAGUCAACCAGCCAGUCUGAAAAAAAAAUUACAUGGGCGUUGAUCCGAGAACAGAUGAAUGAUAUCUUGUACAAACUUUCAUCCAUGAAGUUUCGGGACCCAGUGAAAGAUGGAGAAAGUAAAAUCAAGUCCGAUUAUGCUCAGUUAUAUGAAGAGAUGCAGAACGCAUUCCGGAACCUCGAGGAUUAGAGAGCAAUGCAUCAGAGGCACAGACUGUUUAAAAUGGGAUAGCAAAACAAAUCUCCAAGGGUGAGAAUACCUUAGAGCAGCUGAAUCUUUAAAAGCCCGAAAAGACCACAGAAAUAUCUGCACUACGUCCUGAAACAGUUCCUAAACUGUCAGUAAUCAAACUGUGUUUUACUUGUUUGAAUUUUCCUGAAGUAAGCAAACCAUUUAAGUUGUGAGAAUAGUACUGCAGUUCAACUAACAAUGAAUGCAAAUUCAUCAGUGUUUUCAGUGAUUUAGUUGUGAAUUGUGUCAUUUGACUGAACAUUUAAGUAAGUCUUUUAUACAGGUCUCAUCUUUUAUGUUGUUUACAAGAACCACAAAUGACGAAAAUAUUAUGUUGGUACAUUGCUCGUUGAAAUAAAUUUAAUGCAAAAGAUGACGAUGUAUUUAUCUAAAAUGUCAUGCAUGGAACAUAACAAAAUAACAUGAGCUUUUAGAUUACGAGCCGCAAACAUUGAGCUAAUACAAAAGAUGAUCUUAUGAUAAAUAAAGCAUCGUAACUAGAA